CGCGGCGGCAACCAAAAGGCGGGCGGCGGCGGAACCGGUGCGGAACCGGUGCGGGCUAGAGAACUGGAUUCAAAAGGAAAUGGGAGCACGAAGAAUUGCCUGCAGGGCACAGAUGUGCUUCUCAAGGUGGCAUCUCCUACAGAUCUUACCUGGAAACCUGCAUCUGCCUGGAAGGUCUUGACUGCUGUGGACAGCAAAGGAACCUGGAGAUGAAGGUGUUUCUUAAACUCUUCAGAGCAUCACAGAACUGCUGCUGUGUUUGGGAUAUCCUGCUUAAACCCUCAGGAGAAAAUCUGCAAAUAGCCAAAAAUGCCUUGAGUUGGAGAGCUGCUGUUUCAUGCCCAGGCCCGUGUCCAGUGUCCCAGUUGGAUGCACCAUACACUAUGGUUCACAUCAAUGUGUUGAAAAAAUUAAUAUGUGUCCUUGUGGUGAUCCUGCUAUCACUGACAGUUUGCCUUUGGAGAGACACCAGAAGAAGCUACUACAUCCCUUUCAAGACUGAGAGCAAUGAUUUGCAGAUUCAUGGGACUUUGGAGAAAUGGAACCCACUCAAAUCACAAAGCCUUUUCCCUGAGGCAGGCAGUGAAUUGGGUCAGAUAUCCAAAACAUGGCUUGGGGACCAAAGCAAAAUGAAAGGCAGCACCUCUGGAACAGCUGAAAAAUCCAAGAAAGCAGCAAACUUUGUUAAAGUAUGGGAUAAAGACAGUUCAUCCAGGAAUCUCAUACCCAGGCUGCAGAAAGUCAGGAAAAGCUACCUGUCCAUGAACAAGUACAAUGUGACUUACAAGGGGAAGAGGAAUGCUGCUAAACUCAGCCCAGAGAAGCUGCUUUGCCAGCUGAGGGACAGAGUGAAUGUGACCAUGAUCCAGGGAUCAGAUGAUCCAUUUGAUACCUCAGAAUGGCAUCAGUACCUCCCAAGGAAAAACCUGAAUGAAACCGUGGGCCACCUGGGUCACUGUGCUGUGGUGUCCUCAGCAGGGUCUCUGAAAUCAUCUCAUCUGGGACAAGAAAUAGACAGCCACGACGCUGUCUUGCGGUUCAACAGGGCUCCCAUCAAGGGGUUUGAAGAGGAUGUGGGAGAAAAAACCACAAUUCGCCUUGUGAACUCCCAGCUGGUUACUGUUAGGGAGCAGCAGUUCCUAAGGGAAGCACUGUAUAACACUGGAAUCUUAAUUGUCUGGGAUCCAGCACCCUAUCAUGCAGAAAUUAAUGAGUGGUACAGAAAACCAGACUACAACUUUUUUGAAAGCUACAAGGCAUAUCGUGGUAUACAUCCAGAGCAACCCUUUUAUAUCCUGAACCCCAAAAUGCAGUGGCAACUCUGGGAUAUUCUGCAGGAGAAUUCCCCAGAGUACAUCCAGCCAAAUCCACCAUCAUCAGGAAUGCUUGGCAUCAUCCUCAUGAUGACCCUGUGUAAUGAAGUGCACGUCUAUGAGUACCUUCCUUCCAAACGCCAGACAGACAUCUGCCACUACUACCAGAAGUUUCAUGACCGUGCCUGUACUGUGGGAGCUUACCACCCCCUCCUAUUUGAGAAAAACUUGGUGAAGCAUUUGAACCAGGGCACAGAUGAGGACAUCUUCACUUCUGGGAAAGUGACUUUGCCUGGCUUCCGGAACGUGCGUUGCUAGCGGAGCCCUUUUUCCUACCUUGAAGAAUUUUUCUCCAAGCACUUUCCUUAAAUCAGACUCGGUCAGAUUUGUUAGGUCCCAGAACUGGUGUGUUUUGACAGCUCUGCCACGUUGCAACACUUGCUCUUUGGACUUGGUUGCCCAACUUCUCCUGAGUGGAAGGAGGUGUCAGUGCACUGCGGUACAUCCACGUCAUACCUGCGUGAACCUCUGCAAUAAAUGUACCCCUCAUGCAGCACCUGGACACCUCUCUCUUCAUCCCAGCUCUUGAUUGGAGGUCCAGGAGCAGAGAUUCCUGAGCAGAGAUUGCACAAUUCAGCAUCCAAUGCUGAAUGUACCUCGUUUCGUUUCAAUGGGGGUUGUGCCAACCAAAAACCUGAGAAACGAGAAAAAAAUGUUAAGCUCUCUCCUCUAGUCCUAGGAGCUCUUUGAAAUAGGGCUGGUUUCUGGAAACACUGUUCAAGCUGUGUUCUGAUAAGCUAAACUCUCAGUACAGAUUAUUUUAUUUUAUAAACAGUUGGUGAAAUAAGCAUGGCAACUUCUUUUCGAAUUGGAAGAAGUUUGAAAUCUUUCAGGUGGCCUUUUUGGCAAAGAAAGAGGGAGACAAUUCACAAGUCAGUGAUUCUUGAAAGGCUUUUUAAUAAUUUAUUUUAAUAACUUAAAAUAAAUUCCAGUAAAUAUUUACUUGUCUA